GGCGCCCGGCGAGUCUACCGUGAAGUGGCCGUUCGCGGACUCCGAAGGAGGGCUUCCCUCUCCUCGCCUUUUCUCUCCGACUCGGUUUGCCUGCCUUUCAGUCAGCAUGUCUGCUCGCGGCCCGGCUAUCGGCAUCGACCUGGGCACCACCUACUCGUGCGUGGGGGUCUUCCAACACGGCAAGGUCGAGAUCAUUGCCAACGACCAGGGCAACCGCACCACCCCCAGCUACGUGGCCUUCACCGACACAGAGCGCCUCAUCGGCGACGCAGCCAAGAACCAGGUGGCCAUGAACCCCACCAACACCAUCUUCGACGCCAAGAGGCUGAUCGGGCGCAAGUUCGAGGACGCCACGGUGCAGUCGGACAUGAAACACUGGCCGUUCCGCGUGGUGAGUGAGGGAGGGAAGCCCAAGGUGCAGGUGGAGUACAAGGGCGAGAUCAAGACCUUCUUCCCGGAGGAGAUCUCCUCCAUGGUCCUCACCAAGAUGAAGGAGAUCGCCGAGGCCUACUUGGGGGGCAAGGUGCAGAGCGCGGUCAUCACCGUGCCAGCCUACUUCAACGACUCGCAGCGCCAGGCCACCAAGGACGCGGGCACCAUCACGGGCCUCAACGUGCUGCGCAUCAUCAACGAGCCCACGGCGGCAGCCAUCGCCUACGGCCUAGACAAGAAGGGCUGCGCGGGCGGCGAGAAGAACGUGCUCAUCUUUGACCUGGGGGGCGGCACCUUCGACGUGUCCAUCCUGACCAUCGAAGACGGCAUCUUCGAGGUGAAGUCCACCGCCGGGGACACCCACCUGGGCGGCGAGGACUUCGACAACCGCAUGGUGAGCCACCUGGCGGAGGAGUUCAAGCGCAAGCACAAGAAGGACAUUGGGCCCAACAAGCGUGCGGUGCGGCGGCUGCGCACCGCCUGCGAGCGCGCCAAGCGCACCCUGAGCUCGUCCACGCAGGCCAGCAUCGAGAUCGACUCGCUCUACGAAGGGGUGGACUUCUACACGUCCAUCACCCGCGCCCGCUUCGAGGAGCUCAACGCCGACCUCUUCCGCGGGACCCUGGAGCCGGUGGAGAAGGCGCUGCGCGACGCCAAGCUGGACAAGGGCCAGAUUCAGGAGAUCGUGCUGGUGGGCGGCUCCACGCGCAUCCCCAAGAUCCAGAAGCUGCUGCAGGAUUUCUUCAACGGCAAGGAGCUGAACAAGAGCAUCAACCCCGACGAGGCGGUGGCGUACGGCGCCGCGGUACAGGCGGCCAUCCUCAUCGGGGACAAGUCAGAGAACGUGCAGGACCUGCUGCUGCUCGACGUCACCCCGUUGUCGCUGGGCAUCGAGACGGCAGGCGGCGUCAUGACCCCGCUCAUCAAGAGGAACACCACCAUCCCCACCAAGCAGACCCAGACCUUCACCACCUACUCCGACAACCAGAGCAGCGUGCUGGUGCAGGUGUACGAGGGCGAACGCGCCAUGACCAAGGACAAUAACCUGCUGGGCAAGUUCGACCUGACCGGGAUCCCCCCCGCCCCACGCGGGGUCCCCCAGAUCGAGGUCACCUUCGACAUCGACGCCAACGGCAUCCUCAAUGUCACCGCGGCCGACAAGAGCACCGGUAAGGAAAACAAAAUCACAAUCACCAACGACAAGGGGCGCCUGAGCAAGGAUGACAUCGACCGCAUGGUGCAGGAGGCGGAGCGGUACAAGUCGGAAGACGAGGCCAAUCGCGACCGUGUGGCCGCCAAAAACGCCUUGGAGUCCUACACCUACAACUUCAAGCAGAGGGUGGAAGACGAGAAACUGAGGGGCAAGAUUAGCGAGCAGGACAAAAACAAGAUCCUCGACAAGUGCCAGGAGGUGAUCAACUGGCUCGACCGAAACCAGAUGGCGGAGAAAGAGGAGUACGAACACAAGCAGCGCGAGCUGGAGCGAGUGUGCAACCCCAUCAUCAGCAAACUUUACCAGGGCGGCGGCGGCGGCGGCGGCGCGUCGGGAGCCUCCGGGGGACCGACCAUCGAGGAAGUGGACUAAACUGGCCCUCCAGUCAGCAUGAGGUUCCUGCCUUGAAUUCCAAACAACUUGAGGGGAGAAGAUCUUGGUAAACUGUUUUUUCCCCCCUUUAAUAAAGAACCCUGUACAGAAACAGAAACUAAGUUCUUUCCCAAUGUCCACAAGCCCCUAAACCUUCUCAAAGCACUCACCUGAAUAGCUCACAAAACACAAGCUUUGCUCUGGGGUUAAGUAUUAAACACCC